UUACGGGCGUGAGCCGCUGCGCCCGGCCUAGAGUCUCCUUUUCUCCCCCACUGUUCUGGGAGCCCCUUGGGACAGGAACCUUGUCUUGCUUUGUCUCCCUUGCACAAUGUCCAAGCACCCAGCAGGCCCUCAGUAAAUGUUUAGCGAGUGAAUCAUACUCGUUGAACCCACUUUGCGAGUAGUGGAUGCGGGGGCUCGGAGGGGUAGGGUCUGGCAGAGGGCAGGCUGGAAUUCAAGGUCUGCUCCGUCCCUUCCCAGAGUUCUCCUCCUCACCCUCACUGCAAGCAAGUCCCUUCUCUUUCUGAGCCUCAGUUUCCCUACAUGAGUUGGGAUGACUCACACCAUCCAACUCUAGCAUACUGGGCGAGUUGCCCUCUCUAGGGUCAAACACGAGGCCAUUUCAGUUUCCAAACGUCAUGAAAGGGAAACUCUAAGAAUUGAGAAUCGAAACCAAUAGCAAAAAGGUUGGCGAGAUGCCAGGCGUGUUAAGGUGGCUCCGGACAGUCCAGCCUCAGCCCAGUGUCCGUCUGCGCCCCUGUCCCAGCAAGGGGUCCCCAAGAAGGGGAACCCCAGGUCAGCACAGUCACACCUGGUAUCCUCUCCACUCUGGUCCUUUAACCUCCAGGGUGCUGGAGGACCGCCGAGGAGGAGCCCCCUUAAAUAGGGGGUGUGUCCCGGGAGCUGGGUGGCUGCAUGGCCAUAUAUCUGUGGCAGUGGAUGCUCUCCUGCCAGAGAUGGCAGUGAUGCAGGAGCUGUUUGACACGCCAGCCUCCAGGCUCAACUCCUUCGUGACUCAGUGGCUGCAGCCGUGCCGGGAGUGGAAGGAAGAGGUGCAGGAGGCAGUGAGGACCGUGGAGCAGUUCCUGAGGCAGGAGCACUUCCAGAGGGAGCACGGGCUGGACCAGGAGGUGCGGGUGCUCAAGGUGGUCAAGGUGGGCUCCUUCGGGAACGGCACGACUCUCAGAGGCAGCCGGGAAGUGGAGCUGGUGGCGUUCCUGAGCUGUUUUCGUAGCUUCCAGGAGGAGGCCAAGCACCACAGAGACGUUCUGAGGCUACUAUGGAAAAAAGUGUGUCGUUCCCAGGACCUGCUGGCCCUUGGGCUCACGGAUCUAAGUGUGGUCCAGGGAGUCCCCGAUGCCCUCGUCUUCACCAUCUAUACCAAGUGGACCAUGGAGCCCAUCACCGUCACCGUCUGGCCUGCCUACCGAGCCCUGGGGCCGUCUGACGUCAGCUCUCAGCCACCCCCUGAGGUCUAUGUGAGUCUGAUCGAGGCCUGCGGUGACCCUGGAAAUUUCUUCCCAUCCUUCAGUGAGCUGCAGAAAAACUUCGUGAAAUAUAAGCCCACGAAACUGAAGAGCCUCCUGCGCCUGGUUAAACACUGGUACCAGGAGUACGUGAAAGCCAGGUGCCCCAGGGCCAACCUACCCCCUGUCUACGCGCUCGAGCUCCUGACGAUCUAUGCCUGGGAGACGGGGACGCAGAAGGAUGAGAAGUUCCAGCUGGACGAGGGCCUCGUCACUGUGAUGGAACUGCUCCAGGAGCACGAGCUCCUCUGCAUCCACUGGACCACGUACUACACGCUCCAGAGCCCGGUCAUCAGGAACUUUCUCAGAAAACAGUUCCAAAAAGACAGGCCCAUCAUCCUGGACCCAGCUGACCCCACCCACAACGUGGCGGAAGGGUACAGAUGGGACAUCGUUGCCCAGAGAGCCGCCCAGUGCCUGAAACAGGACUGUUGCUAUGACGACAGUGAGGCGCCUGUCCGCAGCUGGAACGUGAAGAUGGCACAAGACAUCGAGGUGACAGUGGAGCGGUGGGGCUUCCCAGAUUUGACCCUGUGGGUCAGCCCUUAUGAGCCCAUAAAGACGAUUAAAGAGAAAAUCCAGGGGAGCCGAGCCUUCUUCGGCCUGCAGCGUCUGUCCUUCCAGGAGCCCGGCGGCGACAGGCAGCUCCUCAAAAGUCGCAGCUGCUUGGCCGAUUAUGGGAUCUUCUUCCCCAUCCGCAUCUACCGCCUGGAGACCACGGCCGCGGAGAUGCAGGUGUUCGUGAAGAAGCCGGAUGGCGGGAGCCACGCCUAUGCCAUCGAGCCCAGCAGUUCCGUCUGGCACCUGAAAAAGCAGGUUGAAUACUGGCAGGCGCUGCCUCCCGCGCAGCAGCAGCAGCUGCAGUUCCAAGGCGAGGUCCUGCAGGACGAGCGGUGUCUCGGCAGCUAUGGCAUCCAGGACAGCGACACGCUCGUCCUCUCCGCGAAGCCUCCGCUUCCAGCCAGCUAGUUUCCUCUGGGAAACGUCUCUGUGCGCGGCUACCCUCUAAUGCAGAAUCCAUGCUAUCAGCCACCCUUCCAGUCCUCUUCCGGGGAGGGCCCCGGGCUUCACCAGCGUUACAAAUAGUUACCCUCGCCCUGCCGGUGGGGGAAUAGGGAGGAGAGACGAAAUGUGCAAACAGGCGAUGGCCAGGCCACACGCAAAAAUAGAAUUCUGACCCACAAUCUUCUGCAGCCACCAAGUCCUGCAAACCAUCAGGACUUGGCCAAAAACUGCCUGCUUUGCUAAUUCCCCACCCUAGCCCUACCCUGCUUCCAAUUUAGGAACAACCAGAGAAAGCCAAAUAAGCGCCCCAAACUACCCAGGUGAUUAGCCCAGCUCCUAGUAAGCAAUGCUGACAGCUUCUCCACACCAACAACCUGGAUCAGGAGAUACCUGAAGCCUCCCCCAUUUUCUGCUAGAAAAACUGCCCGUUCCCCUGCCUGCUUUUGAGCCCCUCUGUCCAAGGCAAGGGAUGGUGGCUGGCUCCUUUGCAAACAGCAAGUUGGACAUAAACAGCCUUUGUUGUGGCUCACACCUGUAAUUCCAGCACUUCGAAGGAGGAUCACUUGAGGCUGGGAAUUUGAGAUCAGCCUGGGCAA